AUGGCUAUCGGUCCGACACUCGGCACCGGCCUAUUCAUCGGCGCUGGCCAGGCCCUCGCUGUUGGCGGGCCCGCCUCGCUACUCCUGUCGUACAUACUCCUCUCGCUCCUGACCUAUACCAUGACUACCAGCAUCGCAGAAGUCUCUGCUCACAUGCCAUCGCGACACGGGACACUAGUUACGAAUAGUUACCUGUACUUGUCAAGCAGUGUGGCAUUCGCAUCGACCUACCUCCGGUGGUAUACGCUCGCCCUCUUCGUGCCAUAUGAAACCACCACAGCAAUGGUCAACCUUGGUUUGUGGAAACCAGGCAGCGCAGUCGGGUCCAGAUUGGCUGUCAUCACGGCGAUUGUUGUGGGAAGCAAUUUCCUGCCGGACAAAACCUUCAAGGCCUCAGAGCGUUUGUUCACCUGGAUCAAGAUCGGGACAAUGGCGACUCUGUUUGUUCUCGCCCUCGCCCUGGGACUCGGGGGUCCUGAUGGACAAACAGCUUGGGGAUUCAAAUACUGGAAACACCCAGGAGCUAUGAAUGAGUACUUGACCCGAGGCAUUUGGGGACGUGUCUUGGGCUUUUUCCAAUGUCUUCUGGACGGCUCUGUUGCUUUCACAUUCGCACCAGAACUCAUUGCACACCACGCUGAAGUUCCUCCAAUUGGUGGUGGGGCUACCAUCCUGGGUUCCGAAAUUGCAGGCAAAGUCACGUCUGAUGUGCUUCAAACGGCCUUCCCUUACAUCAUGAGCUCAUUAGCGAUGGGAGUCAUGGCUCCCUUCAACGAAACGCGCUUGACCAACAAUGGCACAGGCUCUGGCUUUUCACCCUACCUGAUCGGACUCAAGGAUGCACAAAUUGGACUCAUCCCUACGAUCGCAACCAUUGCGAUCUUGCUCUCCUCGGUUGCUUCUGGACGAUCCUUCUUGUACCUGUCUUCUAACACACUGUGCGCCAUGUCAGAAUUUGGCCAUGCCCCUUCGAUCUUCUCUACACGCAAUCGCUGGAAUGUCCCAUACAUUGCCGUUGCGACAUCCAGUGUGUUUUCCGUCCUCGGCUUCAUAUCUGUGAAGCAAUCGAGCUCACUCAUAAACAAUUACCUCCUUCGUCUUGUCACGAGCGCCGGUUUUAUGUCCACUUUGGUAUCAUGUGCGGUCUACCGUCACUUCCGUGGGCGACUGAAAGUGAAUCAAAUCACCCACCGGUACCGCUUCGCCGUGCAACCAUUCGGCACUUACUUUGGAAUGUUCGUCAGCACCCUGCUUUUGCUCGGUGGCGGCUUGUGGGGUGGAGUCCAGGGCAGGGUGGAUGGGCCUCGCAGUAUGCGAUUCCUCACGUCAUACCUCAACAUCGCUGUUUUCGCCCUCUUCUUCAUGCUGCAUCGAUUCCAAUACAUCUUGCCGGUGGUCGAGGUUGAAAGGCCGAUCGAGCUCAGUCGGCGACGAUGGGCAGAUCAGGAUGGACCUCCCGAGGUUCGGCUGCCCAAGUCGCAGAAUCGUCGACGUAAUAAACUUGAUGCUAUUCCCGAGAAUGUUGGGGCGUUCGAGUUGAGCCUGAGUCAGACUGGGUUCGAAGGAGCCUGA